AUGGCACCGCUCUCGCCUCACGCCGGCCAUAUCGGCCUCGUCCUCCCCCUCUGUACCUCCGCCGCAACAGUCGGUCUAGCGCUCUACCAGUACCCAGUCUUUUUGAGCUUCUUGACACCGGACGAGUCCGGUAAGACCAUUGCCGGUCAUCCUCUGAGCAAAUUCUGGCAUUUUAUGGUCAAGCCAGGACGAGCCUUGAUUGCGGGCCUUGCACUUUCUUCCACUCUUGGGGGCGCUCUGGCCGCGAGAUGGUUGAGAACGCAUUCGACGCUUGAGACGACGGAUGUGAGCUCAUGGUAUAUUGCCGGGACAGUAUUAGCCGGGGCGCAUUUGGCCUCGCUGCCUAUUAUCGCUCAGCCUGUCAACAGGAUCUUGGAGGCUGCGAACGCGAGUAGCGAGGAUGCUGCAGAGGAGAACAACAAGGAGAACAUGAAGACUUGGUUCACGAUCCACACGGUUAGGACUUUGUUGGUGGACGUGCCAGCGCUCUGGUGUUUUGCCGAGGGCGCUUCGCUCAGCUUCUGGCUGUCUUAA